AUGGAUUAUGCGUUUGAUUAUGAGUUCUUCAUGCUUUAUCCGAGGAUUUUUAUCUAUACUAUCAUUGCAACUGCAAUUGCUGUUUAUAUUACAUUCGUGGCAUUUCGAAGACCUCUGGGUCCGCAGCCAGCAACUUAUGGUCACUUUCAGACUCUGGUAGACCUCAUUGAUGAUUGGUCAGUUGAUGAAAAAGGGUUAUUUUGGUGGGGGGACAAAGGAGUUGGGUUCGAUGGCAUUCGACAUGUUGGAACUAGUUCCAGCCGUCAAGAUAUUGGGAAGAUUCAAAUGGAUGCUGUGUAUGCUUAG